AUGUCCGCACCAGCCUCCACGCGAUCGAACGAUAAGUUGCCUGAGCAAGAAAUCAAAUCUAACAAUGACAUCGAAGAUGCACGACCUGUAGCCGUGGAUGCAGCUUUGAUCAAGAAGAUCAUGCGCAAGAUAGAUCUUCAUCUGAUGGCGCCCCUUUGGAUCAUCUUUGCUUUCGGCUUCUUGGAUCGCAUCAACUUAGGCAAUGUCGCAGUGUUAGGGAUCAUUCCGGAACUGAAGCUCGGUGGAAAUGGCCUCAACAUUGCGCUUCAAGUUUUCUUUGUCCCUUAUAUUCUUUUUGACAUUCCUAGCAAUAUCGUGCUCAAGAAAGUCCGUCCGUCAACAUGGAUUAGCGUAAUUACAUUCCUCUGGGGCGUCGCGUGUAUGUGCCAGGGAUUCGUGAAGAACAGAGGGGGUCUGAUUGCUUGCCGAUUCUUCCUCGGCGUUUUUGAGGCAGGAUUUGUGCCAGGAUGUGCCUACCUCAUGUCAAUGUACUACAGGCGUCAUGAUUUCCAGAAGCGGUUUUCAUUAUUUUGGGUCGCUGGUCUCGUUGCAGGCGCCUUUGGUGGUCUCCUUGCGUAUGCUCUCUUCCACAUGCACGGACUGAGCGGAUACUCUGGCUGGCGGUGGAUCUUCAUCAUUGAGGGUUUACUUUCCAUUGCUGCGUCUAUUCCAGCCAAGUUUCUUAUCGCGGACUGGCCCGAGGACGCCAAAUUCUUGACAACCGAGGAGAAGGAAGUUCUACACCAGAUACAGCUGGCAGAUGCCGGUGGCGGUGCUCAGAUGAAUCGACUUGAUAGAGCUGCGUGGAAGCGAAUCUUGACCGAUUGGAAACUCGCUGUUGGUAGCAUGGUUUACAUUGGUAUUACUGUGUCAGGUUACGCUACCGCUCUCUUUAUCCCAAGUAUCGUUGCGUCUCUGGGCUACUCUGGGAUCGAGGCUCAGAUUCACAGCAUUCCCAUCUGGGUUGUCGCUUCCGUCGUAACUCUCGCCGUUUCGAUCGCGACUGAUCGCUUGAAACAUCGGCACGGGUUUAUCAUGUUCGGCGUCAUCUUCGCCAGCAUUGGCUACAUCAUUCUCCUCUGUCAGGGUCCUCUUCACGGCGGCCUGAAUCCGCACGCUCGCUAUAUGGCCGUCUUCUUCCGGGCCAUAGGCUUGGCCAUCCAGGUGGGAAUUGGUAACAUUGGGGGUAUCAUUGCGAGCAACAUCUUCGUGUCCACUCAAGCACCUCGAUACUUUGUCGGCUACGGCGUUUCUCUGGCAAUGCUGCUGUUCAGCGGUGUUAUGUCGACGAUAUUGGCCAUUGGUCUGAUUGUGGAAAACAAGAGGCGCGGGAAGGGAAAACAUGAUGAUCGUCUACGGUUGGGCGAGAGCGUCCUGAACAACAUGGGUGACGACGAUCCUCGCUUCCGCUUCACUCUUUGA